AUUGGCUUAUCUUGGGAGCUACAGGACAUUGCUCAUCUUGAAGAUCAGGUGACCACUGACCAUGUCAUCGAGGCCUUUUGAAAGUCCCCCUCCAUAUAGACCUGAUGAAUUCAAACCAAGUCAUUACGCACCAAGCAAUGACAUGUACGGUGGGGAGAUGCAUGGUCGCCCAAUGCUCUCUCAUACGGCAUAUUCUUUCUACCCAGAAGAUGAAAUUCUUCACUUCUACAAAUGGACCUCUCCUCCAGGAGUGAUUCGGAUUCUGUCUAUGCUCAUCAUUGUGCUGUGCAUUGCCAUCUUUGCCUGUGUCGCCUCCACACUUGGCUGGGACAGAGGCUAUGGAAGUAACAUUCUAGGAGGUGGUAUAGGUUACCCUUAUCCUGGAAGUGGCUUUGGAAGCUUCGGAAAUGGCUAUGGUUAUGGCUACGGUUAUGGCUAUGGAACAGGCUAUACAGAUCCAAGAGCGGCAAAGGGCUUCCUGCUAUCCAUGGCUGCCUUUUGUUUCAUUGCUGCAUUGGUGAUAUUCGUUACCAGUGUUAUAAGAUCUGAAAUAUCUAGAACAAGAAGAUAUUACCUGACCGUGAUAAUAGUGAGUGCUAUCCUGGGCUUCAUGGUGUUUAUUGCCACAAUCGUCUAUAUAAUGGGAGUCAAUCCAACUGCCCAGGCUUCUGGAUCUAUGUAUGGUUCACAGAUUAUUGCCAUCUGCAACCAGUUUUAUUCACCUACAACUUCUGGGAUGUACGUGGAUCAGUAUUUGUAUCACUACUGUGUGGUGGAUCCCCAGGAGGCCAUUGCCAUUGUGCUGGGAUUCAUGGUUAUUGUGGCUUUUGCUUUAAUAAUUUUCUUUGCUGUGAAAACUCGAAGAAAGAUGGACCAGUAUGACAAGUCAAAUAUUUUGUGGGACAAGGAGCCUGUUUAUGAUGAGCAGCCCCCCAAUGUUGAAGAGUGGGUUAAAAACGUUUCUGCAGGCACACAAGACAUGCCUCCUCCGCCUUCGGACUACGUGGACAGAGUGUACAGUCCUGUGGCCUACUCUUCCAAUGGUAAAGUGAAUGACAAGCGGUUGUAUCCAGAAUCAUCCUAUAAAUCAACACCGGUGCCCGAAGUGGUGCAGGAGCUUCCCGUGACGUCCCCUGUGGAUGACUUCAGGCAGCCUCAUUACAGCAGCGAUGGUAACUUUGAGACACCGUCCAAAAGGGCUCCCACAAAGAGAAGGGCGGGCAAGUCAAAGAGGCCAGAGCAAGACCACUAUGAGACAGACUACACGACUGGCGGCGAGUCCUGCGAUGAGCUGGAGGAGGACUGGAUCAGGGAAUAUCCACCUAUCACUUCAGAUCAACAAAGACAAGUCUAUAAGAGAAGUUUUGACACUGGCCUGCAGGAAUACAAGCGCUUACAAGCAGAACUUGAUGAGAUCAAUAGAGAACUCUCUCGUCUGGAUAAGGAAUUGGACGACUAUAGAGAAGAAAGCGAAGAGUACAUGGCUGCUGCUGAUGAAUACAAUAGACUGAAGCAAGUUAAGGGGUCUGCAAAUUACAAAAAUAAGAGGAAUUAUUGCAAGCAGUUGAAGAGUAAGUUGUCCCACAUCAAGAGGAUGGUUGGAGAUUAUGACCGAGGGAAAACGGAAAGCAAAUUCCAGAUUGUCUGAGUGAUGGCGAAGAAUCCGACAUCUCUGCAGUGGUGUCAGCAUGCAAAAUGACUUUGGACUCUAACCAGAGAGGCCAAACCUUUGUGAUCAUUACAGAGUUUUGGUAGCUUUCAUAUCAUUGGUAUUGAAGCAUUUUAUAAAUAGCUUUUGAUAAUCAACUGUGCUGAACACUCCAAUUAAGGAUUUAUGCUGUAAACACUGGUUCUGAUAUUAAGAACUGUUGUUUUGAGGUUUUUAAACCUUUUCAGGAAGGUUGCUCAGUGUACUGUGCUGUGAACUUUCACGCCCUAGGCAGUCAUGUCUUAGUGCUUCAUUAGUUCCAAUAGGUAAUCUCAUUGAAUCCUCCCAGAAUCCUCCCUUCAUGUAACUGUUAUUUAUAAUGGUUCCUUUUCAGAGAAGGAAACUGGGUCCCUGCAGUGAAGUGAAACCACUUGUUUCCUAGCUUGCAGUUUUGGUUAAGUCUGUUUUAUGACUCCAUUAAUGAAGUCCCUAACCGUUCAUAUUGUAGCUACUACGGAUAUUACAUUCUACCAACUUUCCUACUGAUUUUUUUUUCUGUGUGUAAAUGGUUAAAAGAGCUUUUUAUUGUUUUAUGUUAUCUUGGUAAUAAAGACCAUAUAAAAGUAACACAUUGUGAAAUUUAAAGAUUGUAAAUAUGUAUUUACUUUUUAAAAAUCAAAAUUUAAAACCACUAGCUAGAAUUUUAUUGUGUAUUUUAAAAUACUUCUUAAUCUUUUAUGGUUUACAUGUUUGUUUUUUUUUCUUUAACCAACUAGGCGCUUUCAUUAUAUUAGAGUACCUGAUUACAUUUAUAAUUCAGUUGUGACUUGAAAUGUAUCUUACAGGAAUGUUCAAGUUCUGUACAUAUUUUAUAAGGUAUUAAACCAGGUGUUUUCUUUCUAUAAUA